GGCUUUAUUCCGGUCGUAUAACGGAACGAAUAUAUACGUGGGAUACAUGAUUACAUACGAUCGAACAAUCGCGUCUUUUUCGUUGAGAGACAUAUUCCUAUUUUACUUCGAUUUAUUGAAUCCUUCACACAAUCUUCAAGACUAGACUCCCGCUCCACGAGGAAAAUGAAUCCCACAGAACCAACUAGCACUGAGACUCUCAGCUCCAAGAUGAAGGAUGUGAUCGACGUCCUUGCGAUGCAACGUGAGAAGAGAAACACUUUACAAAAGAGUGUUACAAUCGAUUAUACGAAAUCGAGCGACAGUUUCACAAUUUCACGAUUCAUUUUCGAAUGUGGAUUGAAAUUGGAAGCUCAUCCGUUGACAAUUGCGACUGCUGCGACACUGUAUCACAGAUUCAUAAAGGAAGCAACUCCGCAAGGAUAUGAUAAUUAUCUGAUAGGUGCAACUUGCCUUUACCUGGCUGGUAAGGCCAAAGAUGACGGUCUGAAAAUAAGAGAUGUAAUGAAUGUAUCGUACAAUACUCUUCAUAGAGGAUCUCAGCCGUUGGAUCUUGGAGAUCAGUAUUGGAGUAUGAGAGAUGCAAUUGUUCAAGCUGAGCUUUUAAUUAUGAGGAUGCUGAAGUUUCAAGUCACGCCUGUACAUCCGCACAAGUAUAUGCUUCACUAUUUACGGUCUUUGCAAGCCUGGUUUGGCGAAGAGGAGUGGUUCAAGUAUCCAGUCGCCAAAACCAGUAUGGCAUUGCUGCAAGAUUUCCAUCAUUCCCCGGCUAUUCUUGAUUAUCCACCGAAUUUAAUUGCGAUAGCCUGCAUCAAUUUGUCGCUGCAAAUUUACGGUGUGGUCGUACCUUUGAUGGAUGAGUGUGACCAACAACCAUGGUUUAACGUUUUCUGCAAAGAUCUGACGAGGGACAAACUAUGGGAGAUUAUGGAGAAAGUUAUGUCAGCAUAUGAGGAUGAACCUGAAACGAGAGACAACUAAUGAGUGUAUAUUUGUAUCGCGAUAAUAAUUUGUAUGAUCAUUCAUCCUUUUUAUGUCAACAUGGGACAAUUUAUAUUGUACAGGUGUGCUAUAUUGUAACGUUAAAUAUAAAAUUAUAGGUCUGUUCGUUUUCGCUGCACCGCUGAACUAGUGCAAUAAGUUGAAGUGAGAUAA